AUGGAUUCCCACGAAAUCAGCAAAGGGACCGACAUCUCCGUCGACGACGUCCCUCAAGACGCAAAGACGGGGUCAUACGAAGAAAAGAACGUGUCGCAAGCAUAUCCGGCCACCACGCGCGAAGGGGACGGCCGGUCAUUGAGGCGCCUGUUCAGCUUCGCCCAACUGUUGGCCUUUUCGCUGACAUUCAUGGAAUCAUGGGAAGUCAUGGCCAUAAAUAUCUCGGCCACCUUCUGGAACGGAGGGCCCCGCUCGCUGGUCUGGGGCGCCAUCGCCGUGAUCAUCGGCUCCCUCGCCCAGGCGUACUCGAUGGCAGAACUGGGGUCGAUCCUCCCGAUCGCGGGCGCCCAAUAUCACUGGACGCAUAUCAUGGCGCCGGAGCGGAGUCGGCGGUUCAUUACGUGGAUGCAAGCAGGCUGGGUGACGUGGUUCGCGUGGGUGAGCGCCCUGGCCGGCUCGUCCUCCGGCGAGGCCGCGCUCCUUCAAGCCCUCAUCGCGGAGAACGUGCCGGGCUACGAUCCCAAACGCUGGCAUUUGACGCUCAUCAUGUGGGCGCUCCUGGUCAGCUCGGGCAUCAUCAACACGUACACCUUCUGGCUCGUGCCGUGGCUCGAGCUGGCCAGCGGGAUCAUGCACGUCCUCCUGUUCGUCGUCUUCAUGAUCGUCCUGCUGGUGUUGAGUCCCAAGAGCAGCACCGACUUCGUGUGGUCGAGCAGCAGUGUGCUGAGCGGGUGGGACAGGAGCAGUUUCGUGGCCUUCAAUCUAGGCAUGUUGGUCCCGGCCUGGGGGUUCAUCGGCUUCGACGGCGUCGUGCACAUGUCUGAGGAAGUGCGACGGGCCAAGCACGCCGUGCCGCGAUCCAUGGUCCUCAGCAUCGCCAUCAACGGGACCAUGGCCUUUGCCAUAGUUCUCGUCCUGCUGUACUGCAUUGGCAAUGUCGACGACGCCCUUGACGCGUCCUACCCGAUCAUCCCGAUCUGCUUCAACGCCACGGGCUCCAUGAAAGCCACGAACGCCAUGGUGUCAAGUCUGAUCAUCGUGACGUAUUUCGUCGUGGCGGCCAGCGUGGCCAGCGUGAGUAGGAUCACUUGGGCAUGGGCCCGUGAUGGCGCCCUGCCGAGGAGGUUAGCCAUUAUCGACCCGAAGCUCCACGUCCCCGUCAACGCGACGUGGCUCCCCAUAGUGAUCGUCUGCCUCCUCGCCUUGUUUCAGGUCGGCUCCACGACCGGCACCGCGUUCAGCGCCUUCACCGCCUUGUCCUCCCUCGGCCUGUAUACCAGCUACAUCAUCGCGAUCUCGUGCAUCCUGCACGCCCGCCUGACGGGGCGACUGAGCGACAAAGCCCCCAACGACGACGCCCAGGUUCCCUACGGCGCCUGGCGCAUGUGGCCUGGCUUCGCGACGCCGGUCAACAUCUUCGCGCUGCUGUGGACCGUCUAUCUGACCGUCUGGCUGCCCUUCCCCACGAGCUUGCCCGUGACGGGCACGAACAUGAACUAUGCAUUGCCCAUCUAUGCGUUUGUCGUGCUGCUCGCGCUGGGGUCUUGGUUCGUUUGGGGCCAGAGGCAUUGGAGGGGACUGGACCUGAGGGCCAUUGGAAUGGUGGAGGCGCAUGAUUGA